AAGAUGGUUGUAGAAGAGGAUUAUUUCCCCCGAGGGAAACAAAAGUUUAACAAAUAUCUGGUCCAGAGUGAGAAGGUGGAGGGAGAGGAGAAGGUUGAAGACUUGAACAAGGAGAAGAAGUUCGUUAAUAUCUUCUCCGAGAAGGACACUAAUGUCAAACUUCAGAAGAAAAAAAAAAUUAAAGGAGUGAAGACUCAAGUCUCCUCCGUCCUUUUUGUUAAAUCUGUGCCAACCCUCUCCUACAGUGAUCUCAAACAGGGAAUGGUCUUGUCUGGAGUAGUUAGUGAGGUCGCUGAGUUCGAGGUUCGGAUAUCUCUUCCCGGUCACUUGGUGGCCUCUCUUCCCAUCACCAAUAUCAGCUCAGCGUACACUGACGCACUCAGGAAAGCCGCUGAAGCUGCUGAGGAUGAUGGCGAUGAUGAUGUGGUUCCUCUCUCCUCACUCUUCACUGUGGGACAGUUCCUUGUUGUGGCAGUUGUAUCAUGUGAGAAGGGUAAACACUACAAAGUAAUUGUAUCUGUUGAUCCUAAUCAUGUGAUGGCGGGACGAAUUCCAGGUGAAGGUGAUCUGUGUGUGGCCAGUAUUCUGUCUAAAGAAGAUCAUGGUUAUAUUAUGGAUGUUGGAAAUAAAACCGUCCGAGGCUUUAUUCCAAACAAAGCUGCUGCAAAGCACUGGAUAAAGGAUUUACGUGAGGGUAUGAGCAUACUGUGUGUAGUUGUCAAGAAGGAGAAAGGAGCAAUUAUACUUAAAUGUGACCCAGGAAAAGUUUUUAACACUGCGAGACAAGAGCCAAACCUUCAUAAUACGCUUCCAGGAACUACAUUUAACGGAAAGGUACUCUCGCACCUUGAGAACGGGUUGAAGGUUGGGUUCGGGAAGGAUCUUGUCGGAUACCUCCACCAGAACCUUCUCCCUAGUCCAGUAGAGGACUUGAAAUCUAUCCCUCUAGGCUCAGAGAUUAAAGUUAGAUUAGUGUACGUUGUACCAACCAUAAACACGGUAAUCCUGAGCGCCAGAUCAGUCUAUCCAUUCAAACAACCAUUCCAGGAGAUUAAGACGGGAACUUUUAUCUCUGACGCCGAGAUCCUGGUUGUUACUUCUAGUUAUCUACUCGUUCAACUCUCCGAGUCUUGCAUUGGAUAUGUGUCUGCAAGGCAGGCUAGGAGUACGCCGGAGGAUAAAACAAAUCUCAAGGAGAAGUACAAGAUUGGUGAGAAAGUAAAAGCCCGAGUACUCGGCCUGGAUUACUACUCUGAGGUUGCUGUGUGUACUCUGCAGAAAGCACUCCUCUCCGGUCUUUCAAAGAUAGACAACCUUACCAUCGGUCAGAAGGUACGAGGAACCAUCAAGGGGUUUGUAGACGGUGGAUUAGAGGUUAAAGUUGGAGCUACUCUUGUCGGAUUCAUCCCAACCCUCUUCCUCUCAGAUGUUCGUCUACAACACCCAGAAAAGAAGUUCUUCAUAGGGGAUAAGAUUGACUGUAGAGUUCUCCGAGUAAAUCCGAAGAAAAAUCGUCUUCAUUUGACCUCCAAGCCUAUUCUUGUCAAAGAAGAGUUCAGUAUUGUAUCAACCUAUGAACAAGCUGUGGUUGGAACUAUUACCGAAGGAGUUAUAACUAAAAUCACCCAGCAUGGAUUGCUGAUCAGCUUAUUCGGCGAUCUCAUGGGAUUUGCUCCAAAACAUAUGAUAUCAGAGGAAGUUAUUCAGCAUCUGGAGAAACUUUUCUUCUUAGGCCAGGCUGUGAAAUGUCAAAUAGUUGGGAGUGAUGAGGAAAAGAACAGGAUAACACUGUCCCUGAAGAUAGGAAGCAUGAAGCCCCUGGGGAAAAAGCAGAAGGAGAGGGGGAAAUCUCUUGCACUGGGGAGUAUAUAUACUGCAAAGGUUACAGGGAUCACAGAGAAGGGUUUGGAUUGUGAAGUAGAGAAGGAUGAGCUUUGUAUAACCUGCUGUAUACCAACCCAACAUCUAACAGAUAAUACGGGCCUAGCCGCAGCGCUUCUCAACCAUUACAAGGUUGAUGAUAGCGUGGAGGCUGUUUGUUUCCAGCACGACGUUGUUCCUGUUCUAACACUGAAGCAGUCAAUUAUUAGAGCUGUCCAGGAAGGAUGUUUACCGGAUGAAUUCUCUAAGAUCGAGGUAGGUAGUCUGCUGCCAGCUGUUCUACAGUCCAUCAAACCUUUUGGAAUCUUCCUUCGUCUCCCUGUCUGGUCGUACUGGAAACCUAUUUUAGUUCCGAAUCGUCACAUUGCGAACUUCUACAUGGAACGGCCGGCGGACGUUCUAGAAAUUGGCCAAACUCUUAUUGUAAAGAUAACAGAGAAGGUAGAUGAUGGAAUGAGAUUAGCAGGCUCUACUAAUUUUAUGGAUAUGCCGAUAAAAAGCUCUGAAACUGUUGAUGUCAUGAAGGGAAUACUACAGGAUUUAGCUUUACUCAGGUCUAAGUCCGAGAAGCUGUCUAGUAUUCGUAUUGGAGAUUUAUUGACUGCAACCGUCAAAGAGAUUACUGAUAUGGGAGCCAUCCUUGAUGUAUCCGGUCAUGUGAGUUUAGCUCCUCAAUCCAACCUUGGGGAUUCUCAACUUAAACCCGGAGACAGGGUUCCAGCAAUGGUUCUAUUUGUAGACUAUCAGGCUGGUGUAUUAGAGGUUAGUUGUGAUCCAGGAAUUAUUACAAAAGCAGCAGUUUGUGUGAAUAUACCAGAGGUUGGAUCCAACGUUAAAGGAAAGAUUAUUUUAACUCGGACUGAACUGAACCUAAGAAUUGUAUCAGUGACCAGCCCAGCUAAAUUUGCAGGGUGUUUGGUGUACACUCCGACUGUUAUCCAUCUCAAUGAUUUGGCUGGAGAAGAUACAGAGCUGGUUGUGGAUAAACUGACCAAUAUAAAUAUACAGGUAUCUGGCGAUGAGAUUAUUGGACUAAAUGACCGACAGCACAGACUUCAGGGGAAGAAGAGAAGAGACAGGCAUAAUUCAUUAGAUGACAGUGGAAAAUCGAAAAGGAUGAGAACUGAAUCUGAAUCCUCUGUUUCUCAACUCCUUGCCUCGGUUCAGACUUCCGCUCCUGAACUCCUGAAUUCUGCGCCUGAACAGAAGUCUCCUGCUAAACAUGUUGAUAACAAAUCAGAGAUUUUACCCGACUUUGUGCCACCCAACCCUGUGUCACCGAAGGUUGCUAAGAAGCGCAAAGCUACCAAUGUCGAAAAAGACACAACUUUGGAAUCGUCCGCUGAACCCAACACCGAGUCUUCCUCAAAACCCAGCGUCGAAUUAGAAACUGGUACCCCAGAGAAGAAGAGAAAUAGGAGAGGUAAAAAGAAGAAGAAAUCGGAAUCAAAGUCCAAGAAAACCGAAGACACUGGUAGUGAAGAGCCAACUCUGAAAGACCCGGUGAAAGAGAAAGAAAAGGUUGUUCUGGCAGACCCUGGCUGGGAUUUUUCUCUGACAAGUGUGACCUUACCCGCCUGGGGGCAGGUGUCCAUCUGGGGAGACGAGGAGGCUGAGGCGGAGGAAUCAGAAGCAGAUACAAGCAAGAAGCACGUAGGAAAAAAGGAAGCUAAAGAGCUGCGCCGGAAAGAAGAAAUUGCCGCGGAGCGCGAGGAAAAGAAAGUUCUUGACGGAGAAAACCUUCCACCUUCGUCUUCACAAGAAUUUGAGAAAUUAGUUUUAUCAAGUCCCGACUCCUCCCUUGUUUGGAUCCAGUACAUGGCCUUCUACCUGCAGACCUGCCAGUACGAUCAGGCCAGGGCAGUAGCGACCAGGGCAAUACAGAGGAUUAAUUUCAGGGAGGAGGGUGAGAUAUUGAACGUGUAUUUGGCCUGGCUCAAUCUAGAGAAUACAUUCGGCAACCCGGAAUCCUUGCAGAAGGUUUUGAAAAGUGCCCUGGAGAGGAACGACGAGUACAAGGUGUACUCCCAGAUGGCGGAUAUAUUCUCAAAGUCUGGGAAACAGCUUGAAGCCGAGAAUAUAUUUAAAAUUUUAGCAAAGAAGUUCAGCAAAGUGAAAGAAGUCUGGGUCAGAUUUGGAUUGUUUUAUUACAAGAACACACGAGUGGAGGAUGGUAGAUUUGUGUUCACGAGAUCCCUACAGAACCUGGAGGCUAGGGAUGCUACAGAUAUAUCCGCUAAGUUUGCACAGAUUGAAUUUAGAUAUGGGGAUCCAGAGACAGGGAAGACAAUGUAUGAAAAGUUAGUGACCUCCCAUCCUAAGCGUGUUGACCUGUGGACCAGUUACGCCGACCAGCUUACGAGGAUAGGAGAUACUAGUGCAGCAAGGGCUCUCUACGCAAGGAUUUCAACGCUAGGACUGCAGGCUAAGAAGAUGAAGUCACUGUUUGGUCGUUGGCUUGAGUUCGAGAAGGUGCAUGGUACUGAGGAACAGCAAGGAGAAGUACGACGCUCUGCUCUUCAAUACCUCAAUGCUAAAAACACAGGAGACACCAUGGACAUCUAGAUUUCCGGAAACUUUUUUUUUUGUAAAAUUUAUUAAAUAUAUUGUUAACUUCAAAGAGUU